GGGGCUGCCGAAGUCCAGAAUGAAGAGAAGAGCAGCAGAAGCCAGUGCUGCAGCGGGAGCGGAGGAGCCUGAGCGUCACCCAGAGACAGGAGACUGUCGCUGUCCCCACCCGGGGGCACCCAGGGGGUCCUGCAGCCCUGUGUCCCCCCCCUGGGGACAGCCUCCAGCACAGCCACCAAGCCCUCUGCAGCCAGCCCUGGGUGAAGAGAGGGGAAGGAGUUGGUGGUCCCGAGGACACAGGGGACACAGAGCCAGUCCUGCCAUGGUCCCAGGGGGCUAGGACACCCCCCCAAAAUCCCUGGGGAAGGGGUGAAGGAUGGCCACCGAAGGAGGGGGAGCCAAGCCCGUCGCCCAGUCUGGGAUGGAGAACUUCCGAAAGGUGAGGACCUCGGAGGAGGAGAGCCCUUUGCCCUUCCCCGACCUGCCCCCGGACGUGGUGGAGAUGAAAGUGAAGGAGGGCAGCAAGAUCAGGAACCUGAUGAACUUCGCCAUGGCCCAGAUGGAGCUGAAGGGCCGGCGGCAGAUCGUCUUCAGCGGCUGCGGCAGGGCGGUCACCAAGACCAUCACCUGCGUGGAGAUCAUGAAGCGCAAGCUGGGAGGGCUUCACCAGGUCACCAAGGUACGCUACAAAACCCUGCUGGAGGUCUGGGAGAACCAAGACCCGCUGCCCGGUGGCCCGGCGCAGAACCUGACCGUCCACAAGAACGUCCCCUCCAUCUGCAUCCUCCUCUCCCGAGACCCCCUGGACCCCAACCAAACGGGCUAUCAGCCCCCCGAGCCCCAGCACGGGCCACAGCUUGGUGAUGCAGGAGAAGACACGUCCAGCUCUUCCACCAAGGGGCUGAAGCGGUCCUUGCCACCUCCCGGCGAGGAGCUGCUGACCAAGAAGUUGCAGGUACAGGUAGCCGAGAGCCCAAGGGACUCGGGGACCUCUGACCACCAGCCAGAUGGCCACCACUGAUCCCCCCCCACCUCCUAAACUGGGAGGAGAUUGUACGCUGGAGAGAUUUGGGGGGGGUUUAAGUCAUUUUGCUGUGGAUAAUGCAGUGCUGGGCUUGCUGUGGGGUCACCAAUGUGCUGCAGGCUCCCCCCGGCACAGGGGACCCCCAUGGAUGGGGGUCCUUGUCCCCAGAUUAAAGGGUUAAACCAGCCAGCAUUGGGUUAUGGACUGAAUUUCGGGGGGGAAGAUGCAUUGGGGGGAGCCGUUCACCCCACAUUCGGCCACUCAGGGGUGAUUCCACCAUCAGCCCCACAUCUGCAGUGACCCCCACGGACCAAGGGGAAGGUAGGUCCCCAGCGCCAAGUCUCAGCCACCAGGAGGGACGCUUUUGCCCCCACUUAACACCUUCAUUAAUCAAACCCGCUGACAAUUGCCGCUGUGAUUCUCCCAGAAUCGAACGCACAAACGAGGGGACGGGUCGCUCCCUCUAAUUUGUAUUAGAAAAAGACAAAAAUACGAGAGCCUUCCUCUUUCCACAGCAGAUAUUCCGGGUUGGGCUCCCCCCCAGAGCAGUGGGAAGGGUCUGGAGCUGGGGAGGGGGAGCGGUGGGAGGGCUGUCAUUGUUGAGGGGUAUUAGUUGUUUAGUGUAAAUAAGUAAGUUUUAAUUAGAAUAAAUUAUUUAGAGUUAUAAUACAGGGGGUCGGGGGGGGUGUUAUGCUGUUUGCUUAGCUUUACUUAACAGAGUAGCUAAAUUUGCUGAAGCUUUUAGGCUGUGAUAGUUAUUUUUCUCGGUAAUUUUCCUACCGGCUGGUGUGGGGCUGCAUUUAGUCUUUUAGUGGUUUGAUGUCACACUGAUGUUUUGGGAGCCUUUUUCCCAAGUCCGGGACUCUCCAGCUCUCCGUGUUCCACCAGCGAGCGCAGGAGGAGGCUCCGACCCCCGGGGCUGAAACUACAAAUCAAUGCCCUAAGGACACAAGAACCCAAUUAUGUGUUGGAAGACCCCCAGACUGAAAAUCACCAUCGGACUAAAAGACGCGUGAGGGGCUGGGGUGGAGAUCACAAGGGGAAAAUUCCCCAGUGAUUCCUUUCCUCUCUUUGGAGGUGCCCAGCCUGGCUGCUGUACCUUCCAAUUAAAUUAAUUUAUUUUAUAAAAUCCCACGCCUGAGACUGUGGGACUGAGCCUGGAGGAGGAGGAGGAGGAGGAAGAUGCUCCUUUCGCAACCGUGGUGGCUGGAUGCAGUGCCUGGUGCAGGACGGGGAGGUUUUUGGGGGUCUGCAUCUUGGCUGCAGAGCCCUGGAGACCCUCAAAAGCUCUUUGGAAAGAGCUGAAAUAUGGAGAAAUGGCGGGGGAUCAUCUCGGCUACGGACCAUGGCACAGGGAGGGAUGCUCCGGCCGCGGCCGCGUUAUCUCCCCACCUCACUCCUGCUCUCCAGGGACACCCCAUUUUUUACCAAGGGCUGGGAGAGCGAAUGAGAGGAGACAAGGAGGAGGAGGAGAAGGAUGAAGCACGGUGCUGUUUUGUUUGGCAAUGACCUUGCUAUCUCCGUCAGCAGCCAGCUGCUCCUCCGGACCGCAGCCUCCUGCUUAUCUGCCCUGCCGCAGAUUGAAUGUUAAUUUCCAAUUGUUUGGGUUUUUGUUAAUAAUUAUUUUUUGUGGGUUUGGGGCUGGGAAAGCUCUGUCUCAUCCAGCGAUGGCUCUUCCAGCCUCCUCUCUCUGGCGCGGACACUGUUCAGGUCUGACCCUGUGCCCCGCAUGAGAGGGAAGCACCAAAAUGUACUAAAAAACAUGCUAAUAAAUAAAAACCUUUUAAAACACUCA